CAUUCCAUCCGCAGUUUAUAAACAAACAUUGAAACGCACACGCAGUAUACACACGGAAAAAACUAUUUAAACACCCAAGCGCCGCAAUCUAAUCGUUGCGAAUCCCCGUGUUCCGCAUCUGCAUCCACAUCCACAAUCGCCCCCGCACCGAAUAGCUCAAUAACCCAGUCCACAAUGCUGAAGAUUGCCGCCGAGGGAAUAGCGCCACGUCUGGCUGCCUGUUGCUCCAUCGGAGCCACCAGUGCCCAGAGCAGCUGCCACAGGAUUGCCCCGCAGGCGGCCAAGGCCACCCAGAAGUACCUGUCGCAGUCGCAGAACCUCCACAAGAUGCUGGUCAUCAAGGAUCACUACGAGUUCGAUCAGAAGGUCAUCAACAGCGACAACCCGGUGAUCGUGAACUUCCACGCCGAAUGGUGCGAUCCCUGCAAGAUACUCACGCCCAAGAUGCUCGAGCUGCUGGAGAACUCGAACGAUAUCGACCUGGCGGUCAUCGAUGUGGAGACGAACCUGGAUCUCGUCGAGACCUUCGAGGUGAAGGCCGUGCCCGCUGUGUUGGCCUUCAGGAAUGGCGUCGUCGUGGACAAGUUCAUCGGCCUGGUGGACGCCAACAGCAUUGAGACGCUCAUCGACAAACUGAAGCGGAAGCAGCAGCAGAAACAGUAGUUCAAUGGAAGGAAGGAUAGGUGGAUUGGAUGGGAUCUGGGAUCUGCAACUGGGAGGUCAUGAUUUUACAAAAUGAAACGGGAGACUGUUACUGCGAUACAGCCCAAUGUCGAGGCGGGAAUUGCAAUCAUUGAAACUGAGUGUGCACAAAAUACUUUAAUAUGCAAUAAAAACUAAUCUUACUUUAA